AAAAGACAAAUAAAUAAGAGUCUACAUACGCCACCCAUAUAUCUUCUCCAUGUCUCUUCAGUGGCCCAUUUGGACCAAAAUUUAUGUUGAAAAGAUAUUAUUAUAUGAAAGAAAGAAAUCAUGAGAAGAAAGAUGUCUAAUGUCUUCAAACUCCAACCCAACCAAACCCACCUCACACACAAACAGUCUUUACACACAUCACACAUAAACAAAUUUGACAUAACAGACUUUCUAAUUAUAUUUAUUCCAGAAAUACCCUUCUGCAACCCCCCAAAAUCUCCAUCUUCAUCACUUCAUUGUCUACCAAACCAACCAAAUUUCAUGGGCUUUUUGGGUCUUUCUCUUUGGUCAGAGUUUCAUCACCAUCAACAGAGAAAGAAAAAAAAAAAGCAAGAAACUUCUCACCCAUUCCACCCCAUCUUUAUUUCUUUCUUUAACUCUUUCUUCCCCACACACAUAUACAUUUACAUACACACAUCCUAAAUCUCUAUCUUUCUCUCUCUCUUUCUCCAUCACAUCCUUUUUCAACUCAUUUUUCUCUCUUUUUUUUUUUACAUUUUUUGAUCAUUUUGAUAUCUUUUCCAAAGUGGGUAUUGAAGAAAGUUAAGAUCUGAUGAGUAAAAAGAUGAAAGGUGUUGCCUUUAAUCCAUCAUCUUCUCAUGUUUCUUAUGAAGAUGUUAGGUCAAGAUUUAAGUAUCAGACACUUAUCCAAGAUUUCUUUGAGUUACAAAAGGAAACAGAUGUUGCAAGAAACAACUUGGUGGUCAUGAAGCAAAGGAAACAGACUUUAGAAGCCGAAGUUAGGUUCUUGAGGAGAAGACGCAAAUUUCUACUGAAAACAAGAUCAUCAACUCCACAACAAUGGCAAUCACAGAAUAUGGAAACAACCCAAUACAGGAAAAACAAGAAAGAGAAGUUUAACCCAAAAAAGGAUGCAACUUUGCCCAAUUUGCCCCCAAUUCACAACCUCAAACAAAAGGGAAGAGUGUAUAUUGAGAAGAAAAACAUGGUUCCAAGUAGACCACCCAUUGUUUUUGACUUGGAUCAAAGUGUUAAUAUGCAUGGUGUCAAUCUAAACCAAAGGGUAAUAGGAAACAUGUCUCCUGGUGCGGAAUUUAGUCAGAAAGAAAGCGGUAUUAGUGGUAAAGAAGCCGCAGUUCAAGCAAGAGCUCCUAUAUUUGACUUGAACCAGAUAUCAAUGGAAGAAGAAGAAGAAGCACAAGAGAGCUUUGAGGAUCAAAGAAAAGAACAAACCGACUUAAAGCUGUCGAUUUGCCGAAAUGUUGGUGAUGGUUCGACAAAUCGUUCAGGAAAAAGGAAGAUCUCAUGGCAAGAUCCUGUGGCUUUAAGGGUAUGAACUGAUAAUAAACUAGGUGGAUUAGGUAAAAUCAACAUAGUGCAAGACCAAGACUUUAACUUUUACUUGGUCAGCAGUUAUGGUUAUAUUGAUCUUUUGACGGUAAUUUAAUGGCUAAAAACAAGCGUAUGUAAAGAAAGCUUUAUUGAUUGUUUUGUUCUUUUCUGUUUUGGCUGGAGAUGCAAACAAUAUGAAUGAUUGAAGGAAUCAAAAUUAUGUAUAUGUUGGAUUAA